AUGAAUACCGUUUCUGUCCAUGCGUUGAGUACGGGUCAUAUCACCAUUCCCGAACGAUUCUUCGUGACACCCGCAGAUCCAGUUGCCAAACGGACAGUGCCUUCGCUUUCCUUCCUAAUCCAACACACCGACGGAGAAACCGGAAAGCUAACACGACUUGUUUUUGACCUGGGCAUGCGGAGGGAUCUCAAUCUGUACCCGACAGCACUGCGAGACCAUCUAGCUAGUCGCGGACCGAUAUCGACACAUCCGGAUGUCGUCGCCUCCCUUGCAGCAGGCGGAUUAGGAGUGGAUGACAUCGACUAUGUGGUGUUUAGCCAUGUCCACUACGACCACGUCGGAUUCCCACGAGACUUCUCCAACCCGAAGACCAAAUUCAUCGUUGGCCAUGGCGUCCUUGAUCUUCUGAGCGGGAAGACGCAGCACGACUUGGGCAAGCAUAUGGUCUUUGAACCAGAUCUGCUACCGUCAGACCGCACGACAGAGUUGCCUCCGCCUAAUGCCGAGCAUCACGACCGGUUCUCGUGGGAGCGUCUGGCUUCGUUCCCACAAGCAAUCGACUUGUUCAAAGAUGGGACGGUCUACAUCGUCAACGCGCCUGGUCAUCUCCCGGGACAUAUCAAUCUGUUGUGCAAAACGUCCAAUCAGCCCGCAAAGUUUGUGUGCCUUGCAGGCGACGCAUGCCACGACGUUCGCCUGCUGACCGGGGAGAGGGAUAUUGCGACCUGGACCGACGAGACCGGGAGACAUUGCUGCAUGCAUGUCGACAUUCCGAGUUCAAAGGAGACUUUGGCUCGGCUACAUGCUGCCUCGAAGCACGGGAUCCAGUUGGAGGGCGAAGAUUCCCCGGCUCAGGUCGAAAUAGUCCUUGCACAUGACUGGGCGUGGGAGCGAGAAGCAAAGCAGAAGGGGAAAUUCUGGCCUGGCAGAUUGUAG